CACAGUUUUGAUCUUUCUCCAAUUUUCUAAUCCAACAUGAAAAACUUCAGCAAUCUCCCCUCUUUUCUAAUAAUCGGAGUUUUAAUCCUCUGCUGUCUCUCGCAUAUUAGAUCCGAUGCCUCCGACCACCGUUACAAAGACGGCAACCCCGUCCCUCUUUACGUCAAUAAUGUCGGCCCUUUCCACAACCCUAGUGAAAUUUAUCGCUACUUUGAUCUGCCUUUCUGUUCUCCAGAUCAUGUAAAGGAGAAGAAAGAAUCAUUAGGGGAUGUAUUGAAUGGAAAUCGGCUGGUCAGUGCUCCUUAUAAGUUGAAUUUUAAAGAGGAAAAGGAUUCCUCUGUUGUUUGUAAGAAGAAGCUUUCGAAAUAUGAAGUUGCCAUUUUACGCAAGGGGGUCGAUAAGGAGUAUUAUUUCCAAAUGUACUAUGAUGAUUUGCCCAUUUGGAGUUUUAUUGGAAAAGUUGAUAAGGAAGGAAAAAGUGAUCCCAUUGAGUACAAGUAUUUCCUUUACAAGCAUAUCCAGUUUGAUGUUCUUUAUAACAAGGAUCGUGUUAUUGAAAUUAGUGCAAGGAUGGAUCCUCAUUCUCUCUUGGAUUUGACGGAGGAUAAGGAAGUUGAAGCUGAGUUUAUGUAUACUGUGAAAUGGAAGGAAACCGAAACUCCUUUUGAGAAGAGGAUGGAUAAGUACUCCAUGUCUUAUUCUUUGCCGUAUCAUUUGGAAAUUCAUUGGUUCUCUAUUAUCAACUCUUGCGUGACAGUUCUCCUGUUGAUGUUUAUUUUAUAUUUAUGUUUCUUUCAGAUUUGUGAAACUGCAAUCAUUUGUUCAAGAUCUAUACGCCAAUUAUUGAUGUUUCAUUCUAUUCACUUUUGAACUUUUUAUGUCUAUCAGAGCGGUGUUCAUUUUUAUGUUUGCAUUGGUUGGUGUCUUUUAUCCCUACAAUCGAGGUGCUCUGUUUACUGCCCUGGUGGUCAUAUAUGCACUCACAUCAGGAAUUGCAGGGAUUACAAUGGUUUUACACAGAGCAUAAAAUUAAGUUAUCAAAG